AUGCCCCGUUGCUCCGCGCUCAAGACGAAGUACAGGAAGCGUGAUUUAGACCAGAUAUAUGAAGACCUCAAACCCGAAAAUGCUUCCAAGCGUCUCCGAGAGGCGACGGAGAUCGAUGAGGAAAAACCCGCCCUUGGUCAACACUAUUGCCUUUCUUGUGGCAAGUAUUUUUGCGAUAAGUCUGCUUUAGAAACUCACACUAAGGGAAAACCGCAUAAGCGCCGUAUGAGGAAUUUAGAAUCGGAGCCUCACUGUCAGGAAAUCGCCGAUUGGGCAGCUGGAGUCGGGUCCCGCAAACUGGAGUCUGAGCACUCGCCGGGGGGAACGCGACCUUUGAAGGCGGCCCUGCGCGUGGAUGAGCCGUCCCUCCCCUCCACCGAUUGA